UGUAUAUAUGAUGUAAAUAUGUAUUUAUGUGUUGAUUUGAAGUGUUCUGUGAUCGUUUGGCGCCCAUUUGUAUAGCGCUUCAAAUUAGCAUUUGAGAAUUUUGUAAUUUUUAUGAUUAAUUCCUUUUCCUGCCUUCCCAGUGUAUAAUUUGAAUUUUUUUCGGCGCUAAAAUCGGUUUUUGAAAAUUCUUUAAAGCAAAGAAAUGGCUGAAGGAACGGAACUCAAAAGAGAAUGUGGAGGAGGAGUAGCAUUUGAGGUCAUCAUCAAACCAGCGAGCAGUGAUGUCGCACCUCCCUCCCCAUCCAAGGACCGACCUGCCAUCUCGCAAGAGGAUAUUGAUAGGAAGUUGAAAGAGGCAGAAGAGAGGAGAGUGCAACUAGAGUCCCAGAGGUUGCAGGCCGUACUAAAAGAGAAAGAUAAGGUAGUAGAGGUUAAUCUGAAGAACAAAGACAUAGAGGAAGCAUUCAGCAAGGAGGUUGAGAAAAAAUUAGCCGAUAAGUUGGUGGCCUCCGAAGAGCUCAAAAAAGCGCAAGAAGCUGCUAAGCUUGAAAAGUUGAAGGAACAUGAGAGACACGUGCAAGAAGUCAGAAAGAAGAAACAGGCAGAAAAAGAUAACGGUGGUACUGCUGAUGUCAAAGACACUGAAUAAAUUACUAAGUCAUACGUGUGUGCGCGUGCAUGUGUAUGUGUGCGUGUGUAUGCGUGCGUGCAACACCAAUAAACUUAAUUGCUUUAGUAAUCACAUAAUUAAAUUUAUUUAUCAUUUCUCAGCCAUUCUGUAUUCAUAAUUUUUAUUUGUUUUUUUUUAAUGUUUAAUAUUUAUUAUUAUUAUUUUGUUAUCAAAUUAUUGUUCACGUUAAGAGGUUAUUUAUUAUGAUAGUAAUAAUAUUAUUUAAUACAUAAUUAUGUUAUCUUUCAAUAUUGACAUAACUCAUGUGGACAGAUUAGUGUGUGUGGUGUAAUUUUUUACUCGUUACUGUUCAUUCGCAACUUAAAAGUGUUCAUGUGCUUUAUAUCGUCGCUAUUGAUAUUGCUUAAACGAAUAUAUACUGCUAUAUAUAUAUAAAUUUUUAUAUAAGUAAUACGCUGUGUGUGUGUGUGCGCGCGUCUGUAUACAUAUAUGAUUCCUCUUUUUCUAAUACCAUCAAAGGUAGUGUUACAAACAGCCUAUUUUCAUAUACAUUCGUUAUAUAUGCGCUAUAAGUCACAUCUUCAAUUAUAUAUUUUUAAUUAUUUGUUAUAAAUUGUUAUAUAUUUGCACUAUCUUGCUUUAUAUGUACAAUUUCCGUUUUUUUUUGGUAUUUUCCGCUUGUUUGAAGCAGGUAAAAAAAAUUAUUAUCGGAUCUUUUGAGAGCUAAACAUUUUGACCGCUCCGUUUGCGACUCCGUGAAACGAAGAUUUCUGUAAAAGUUUUUCAGAAUGCGACUAUUAUAUUAUUUUAGAGUGGAGAUGAAUUAAACGAGGCGUCUACAAGUGAGAAAUUAAUUAAGUUCAAAUUUUCGUAGGCUGAUAAAUUAUUUCUUUUGAAAAUCUCUUUGCUCGUUUGUUGGUAAGUCCUGUGGGACUGCGUCAUCGUAGCUUGAGAUGGAUUAGCCUUCGUUCAAUGCUCUUUCCAGGUUAUUUAAAAUUUAGUAUAUAUGCAAUUUUAUAAAAUUUUAAAUUUAUUUGUCUAAGGAUUGCAUCUGGAUGAACCUAAUUUCUUGAAAAAGAAAAGAGCAGAAAGUACUAAAAUAGGUUGGUUUUGAAGUUUCGGUUUUUCAUAUAUUGAAAAAAUUAUUUAAAUUU